UGCCUCACAAGUGGUGAAGCAGGUCUGCAAGUGCCUAUAUUUUUCUCUUUUCUUUUUGUUUUUUUAAAGAUUUUAUUUAUUUAUUUAUUUAUGAGAAAGUGGGAGGAGAGAAAGAAAGAACUAGACAUCACUCUGGCACAUGUGCUGCUGGGGAUUGAACUCAAGACCUUAUGCUUGAGAAUCUGCUGCUUUAUCCACUGAGUCACCUCCCAGACCACUCUCUCCCCUUCUUUGUCUUCCCCUCUUAUCUCAAUUUCUCUCUGUCCUAUCCAACAACAACAGCAAUAACAACAACAAGGGCAACAAAAAUGGGGAAAAUGGCCUCCAGGAGCAGUGGAUUCAUAGUGUAGUUGGCUUUGUGCCCCAGCGAUAACCCUGGAGGCAAAAAAAAAAAAAAAAAAAGACCUGCUUAAUUUGCCUUUCCCCCUCAGUCAGUUGUACUGAUGCAGGUAAAAAAGAGAUGUGAUGGGGGCCAGAUGGUGGCGCACCUGGUUGAGUGUACAUGUUACAAUGCUCAAGGACCCAGGUUCAAGCCCCCGGUCCCCACCUGCAGGGGGAAAGCUUCACAAGUGGUGAAGCAGUGCAGCAGGUGUCACUCUGUCUCUCAUCCUCUCUAUCCUCCUUUCCCUCUCAAUUUCUGGCUGUCUCUAUCCAAAAAAAGAAAAAAAAGAAAGAAAGAAAGAAAGAAAGAAAGAAAGAAAGAAAGAAAGAAAGAAAGAGAUGUGAUGCAGGUAAAAAAAGAGAAAAUGAAAACAAUCAUUUCUUUUUAUUUUAUUUUUUUUACCGGAAUAUUGAUUAGCUCUGGCUUAUGAUGGUGCGGGGGAUUGAACCUGGGACUUUGGAGCCUCAUGCAUCAGAGUCUCUUUGCAUAAGCAUAAAAUAUCCUCCCUGCCCAAAGAAUCAUUUCUAUUUACAGUUACACUUCAUUUCAUCCUCUACAAAAUGUUCUUCUAUCAUCUUCGCUUUCACAAAAGCCUUAGGAGGAAGGUAGAGCUAGAAUUAUCACCUCUCACCACUUUGUGCAUGGGUAAACUGAGGCUGCAUUAAGCAUAGUGGUUCUCUGAGACUGUAGGACUGGUUGGCGAUAGCAGCAACAAGGAACCCAGUAUUCCCACUCCUUUUCUCUGCCUCCUACCACUUUCUGUUCCUGCUUCCUCUCCACCUUUCUUUUUGAUCUGCCUUUCUCUCUCUAACUUGGUGUCUUUUUUUUUCUCACUUUCUCUCUCUCGUGCUGCUUAAAAUUUUCCUCUUCUUCCACCAGCCCUCAUUCUAUGCAAGUCAUCUGGGUUCAUCUUUGCAAGAGCUCCAGACUUCUCUACUUCAGAAAUCUAUCAGACUCACAGCUACAGCCCCACACCACUACACCUCAGCACCUCUGCAAAGAGCAAGUCCCAUCCAGAUGCCAGGGUACAGAAAUUAACUCUGUGUGACACUCCCAGCCUCUCCAGCUGGCCCCAGAUAAGAUAAGAGUGGGGAUAGGCAUAUAAACAGGCCCCCCUCCUGCCCCUGAAUGAGGCUCCAACUUGCUCAACCCAGGAUCAGUAUGGCUGGCCAUCUGUGUGUGGUUGCCCUGGCCUUCAUCACCCUCCUCACUGUGGACAGGGAAGUACCAGUGUCAGCAGGAAAGCCCAUUUUCUCAAGAAUGCCCAUCUGUGAGCACAUGGCAGAGAACCCAGAUUGUUCCAAGAUGUCCAGCCCUGUCUGUGGUACUGAUGGGGUCACAUAUGACAGUGAAUGCCAGCUCUGCUUGACCAGGAUGGAAACAAAACAAGACAUCCAGGUCACGAAAGAUGCCAAGUGCUGACCCUAUGGGAGUCCGUUGAAGACAUGAGACUUCCAGAUGGAGAAGAGCAGUGGGAGCAGAUGAUGUGCACAAAAUAAAGAU